AUCGAUAAACGUUGCGGGUGGAAAAUGCGUGUGUGGUCCACUAAUCUUUAUUGCUAGGCUAGGUCUGCCAGCUUUUGAUUAGCGCGGCACGACGGGGCCAGAACAUAAACAGAGCUAACGAUGCAAAUGAGAGGUGGCUGUUGCGUUAGAAAGUCUCAAUCAGUGGCUCCGGCAGGAAGUAUCCAGUAAAGUAGUUACGGUGUCCCAAGCUUGUAAAGUGUUGUGAAAAUCCUGACUUCAUGGACGAUCUCUGCUUGGAUUGAUACCUAGGAGCAACUUGACGGUACCCUACUGUGAGUCAAAUCCGCUACGCGUUACGUCUCAAUUGAAUCGGUUUCCCAAUCUCCGCAAACAUGUUCAAACGACAAGCACUAAACGGCCAAGAACUGGAGCCGCAUAAAUCGAAGAAGAACGAACCAGAGCACGAAGAGCAGGAGACUGAACUGCAAAGGCAUCAGGACAAGGAGCAACAAGUAGAAGAAAAGGAGGAGGCUAACGGCAAAGAAGAACAAACGUUGGUAACGGAGGAUGCCGACGACGAAGAAUUUAAGCGACAGGAACAACGACUGCUGCAAGAACUGCAACGACUCAAGCUGAAACAAAAGCAGCAAAAGCCGCCACGCCAGCAGUACAACAUUCUCCUCUUUGGUGAAACGGGGUCGGGAAAGUCAACCUUGAUCAAUUAUCUGACGAACUUCUUUCUCGGGGGAUCGCUCAAAAAGCUCAAAGUUGCUAUUCCUACUAAACACCACAAAGCGACUGAAAAUUGGACCUACUCCGAGCAGGACCUACACGAUACCAGCAAAAGCAAAACUCGCGACUGUAUUGACUACGACUUCACUAAGGGCGACCUAUGCUUCAACUUCAUCGAUACACCCGGACUGAGCGACACCGAGGGGACAGCCAAGGACGAUGAGCACAUUGUCAAGAUCAUGACUGCUGCCGAAAACAGGGGAAACCUAUCCGCCAUAAUCAUCGUGAUUAACGGUACCGUGGCAAGAGCAACUGUGAACUUGCGCAACACCCUAACUCUGUUGAAGGGCUCUGUACCGGAUGUUCUUUUGAAGAACCUACUGGUUGUGCUCACCAAUUGCUCGAAGGCCACCGCUAAUUUUGAUUUGAAGCAACUGGAACCUUGGAAGGUACCGAAGGAUAACGUGUUCCAUAUGAACAACUCGGCGCUUAGCAUGCCAAUCCAGGAAUGGAAGGACGAUGAAGACAUUAUGGAAGAUCUUGUUGCUCACUGGAAGAGAUCGAUGAAGGCUAUGGAAUUGAUUAUGAAGAAAGUUAAACAGCUCGGAAAUAAAGCAACCCAUGCAUUCCGUGACAUGCGAGUAAAGAGGAAUAAAAUCAAGGCGGAGUUGCAUGGCAUUUUACUGGAGAUGAAGAAGCUGCAAACUUUGCAAGAUGAUCUCAAUAGUGCACAGGUUGACGAAAAGGAUGUGGCAACUGACAUCCGAAAGUACGCGAAUUAUAAGGAAACCAAGAUAGUAGACUAUGUGGAAAUGGAGGACGCCCCUUAUCACAGUACGAUUUGUAUGAUGCACAGCAAAAUCUGCCAUGAAAGAUGUGGCCUGCGGUAUACGACCGAGCAGGGCAACGAAAUCUUCAAGGGUUGUUCGUGCAUGGGUGGUGGACCACUAUGUCGAGAAUGUGAAUGUGAACAUUCGACGCACUAUCACGACAAAAAGAAGCCGGUGAAGAAGACAAAAACCGUUGAAAACAUCCUGCACGACGUGAAGGCCCUAUACGACCAGAAUACCAGCAAGAAGCUCAAUCUUCAGAAAAAGAUCACCGACCUCAGUGCCGACAUUGGAUCGCUGAAGCGCGCCUUGGACGUCAAAGAGGCGGACAUCGAAAAGUGCUGCGAGGACCUGAAGACGCUUUGCUCGCAGUUCAACUUCGUCGAUGAGCUGCAAAGCAUCAUCGACACGAUGGAGCGAGAUGCGCGAACACUCACUAACGUUGAGGCGCGGAAGGACGCCAACCGUCGCAUCGAUAACUUCAUCCACCUCGCCAACAAGCUGUCAGCGAGCAAGUGAGGGGCCGCCGAGCACCAAGGUGAGUUCAGUGCUCAUCCGAAACUCGUUUUUAUGCUUGUUCAUUUUGUAAUGUUUUUUUUUGCUACAUUCUUUUACUUUUUAUGCGCUUUUGGCAUAUUCCAGUUAUUAAUGCCUAAUUGAAGUAUUUUACUACGUUUGAUAAUAUUGGUUUUUACAUAUUUACUCGGUUCACAAAUAUGUACACACACAAACAGUACUCUGCUAUUACUACAUUUGUCUUGCUUGUAACGAUAAGAAACAAAACGAUUGAAAUAAAUGCUUUUUUAUCUCUACUG